GCGUGAACACCCUCUCACCCCUCGAUUCGCCUCCCUAUCCAUCUAAUUAAAGUUUGGUAAGGGGAACUAUAUAUUCGGGGUCAGUUUUGGCACCCCGAGUAGCGUAUAAGCAUUAGUUCCAGUAAGAUGACUGUGUUUCCACAAGGUUGGUUGAAUGAAACAUGCAUGUCAAUUGCACGUGUGGGUUAUUCAACUUUGUUAUGAUUGGUUGUCCUACUUGUUUGUCACAACAGGAGAAAACUAGUAAAAGAAAUCGUUCCAAAUCAUACUUCUUGAUAAGACAUCCAGUGGUACUUUAUUGGAAAUUAGAAUGAUAUGUCUAUCCUACCAAGUCUUGUCCCCUCUUGGAAUUUUGUUAUUCAUAUGCCUAACCCCCUUUAACUUCACAAAGAAAAAUAAAGUUGGUUUCUUAGCUUCCACUCUUGGACCUUUGAGUAGUAUAUAUAUAAGUAUACAAACAUUUCUUCGAAUCCAAAUAAGGACCUAUCACAUUGAACACUUGUUAUUCAAGUUUUAUCUUGAUCCUCUUUCCCCUUUCUUGGACCAUGUGUCUAUUUCUUUGUGUUUAAAAUUUGAUUUGAUCCUUUUUUUCUUUAUUAUAGUUGAUUAUAGUUGACCUCUCCACUUUGUUUCAUAAAUACUUCACUUUGGUUAAACUCAUCUUCCAUUUCCUUUAGUGAUUAAGUUUGCAAAAUUUGAUUGAAGAGGAGAUUAUGGCAGAAAUUACAGACAAGUCGGUGGAAAUUCAAUUAGGUUGUGGUCUAGUGGCAGCAAUAUUUCAACGUGGAAAUUGUAAGCCAAUUAAACAACCAGUGUCACAAAUUUCAACCAAAUCCAGCACCAAAAAAUUAGCCAAGCCUCCACCAAAACCACCCUCAAUCACUCCAUUGAAUUCGAAUGAUCGAAAACAUGUUAGGAGAUCAACAUCCGAUGGUACGCGAAUCAGCUCAAAGAAUAAUAAUUCCUCGAGCACGAAGAAACUGUCACAAGUUGUCAACUUGGUGCCCAAUACUCAGAAUCUUAGGAGGCAACCAACGUUCACCUCGAGUGACUUGAGCACGACUAUCACUGGUCAUCAGAAAUCCAAUGUGAAUGGAACAUUUAACCGUGCGUCCAGCACAGGCAAUAUUAUGUUAUUAGGCCAACUAGGGAAUUUGAAGCAGCAAAAAACAAUUCAAAUUGUCUCAACCGAUCAAAAGUCUAUCCUACAGAAAGGCAGAGUCUUGAUGGGGAACAUAGUAAGAUCACAGCCUAGUUUAAGGAGCCAUAUGUUAAACAAAUUGGAUCCUGAUGUACUCAAGUCCAUGGGAAAUGAACAUUACAAGCAUGGAAGAUUUGAAGAAGCAAUUUCUUUAUAUAAUCAAGCAAUCGCCAUCAAUCCGAAAAAUGCUUGUUAUUAUAGCAACAAAAGUGCAGCUUUAAUGAGUUUAAACCGUCUGAUUGAAGCAGUGAUUGAAUGCAGAGAGGCCAUUCGGUUAGACCCUUUUUAUCACAACGCGCAAUAUCGCCUUGCAAGACUAUACCUCAGAUUAGGAGAAGCAGAGAAAUCAUUGAGUCAUUAUGAAAAAUCAGGACCGAAAGUUGACAAAAGGGACACUGCUGAGGCUCAAGAUGUUAAAAGAAUCAUAUGCAAUUGCAUAGAAGCUCAUAGGAUGAAAAAUUACAUCACAUUACUUAAUGAGAGCCAAAAUGCAUUGUCAUCUGGUGCAGAUUCAGCUCCACAGAUCUUUGCAAUGAGAGCUGAAGCAUUGAUGAAGUUACAUAGACAUGAGGAGGCAUACACCACCAUUCAGAAGGGAGCUAACUUCAAAACAGAUCAUUGUACUUGCCUUUACGGAUCAGCUAAAACAGCUUACUUGCUAAUAAUUCGAGCACAAGUUUACGUGUUAGUAGGCAGGUUCGAUGAUGGAAUUGCUGCAGCUCAAGAGGCUGCGAAACUCGAUAUCAGCAAUGAGAUAACCACGAUACUAAGAAGAAUUAGGGGGUUGGCAUCAGCACGGAUAAAGGGUAACAAGUUGUUUAGACAAUCGAAGUACACAGAGUCUUGUUCUAUGUACACAGAAGGACUGGAACAGGAUGCAUACAAUUCUGUUCUGUUAUUUAACAGAGCAGCUUGUCGAUUUAAGCUAGGACAAUUCGAGAAAGCAGUGGAGGAUUGCACUGCAGCUCUCGUCUUACGUCCUUCAUAUACUAAGGCUAGACUCCGGAGAGCUGAUUGCUACAUGAAGUUGGAAAGAUGGGAGGCUGCAAUUCAAGAAUUUGAAAUGUUGUUACAUGAAAAACAAGGGGAUGAGGAAGUAAAGAGGGCAUUGAUUGAUGCAAAGAUUCAAUUAGAAAGGGAAAGGGAUGAAGAUCAAAAACAAAGAAAGCUAAGCAAUGGAUCAUCCAACUUAGUGUUAGUCACCAGCAAUUGACUUUGUUUUAAUAUUUUUCUUGUUUCGAAGAAGAUUGAUUUGAUUAUUUCAUGUUCAGUAGAUGAAUUGUGCAAUGUAUAUCGCUUCAAGUCAAUGUACCAAUAUAUAUAUAUAGCUUCAAUUCAAGUCAA